AGCUUGCCUGCAAAUCUGUCUUACCUCUGCCGGUCCCGUCAACACCUGGGGCACAGCUCUUCCCUUGAGCUCUGUGCAGAGGGCAGCUUUUCGCUGGACCUAGCAAGGACUGAACCAGAGGAGAAGAGUAGACAGCAGAGCCAUGAACAUUGUCUUGGAUCUCCUCCUGCUUCUGAUCACCAUCAUCUACUCCUACUUGGAGUCCUUGGUGAAGGUUUUCAUUCCCCGGAGGAGAAAAUCUGUGGCUGGGGAGAUCGUUCUCAUUACAGGAGCCGGGCAUGGAAUAGGCAGGCUGACGGCCUAUGAAUUUGCAAAACGGAAGAGCAGACUGGUUCUGUGGGAUAUUAAUAAGCGCGGUGUUGAGGAAACUGCAGCUCAAUGCAGAAAGCUAGGGGCUACAGCACAUGCGUUUGUGGUAGACUGCAGCAACAGAGAAGAGAUUUAUAACUCUGUGAGCCAGGUAAAGAAAGAAGUGGGUGAUGUAACUAUCGUGGUGAAUAAUGCUGGGACAAUAUAUCCAGCUGAUCUUCUUAGUACCAAGGAUGAAGAGAUUUCCAAAACAUUUGAGGUCAACAUCCUCGGACAUUUUUGGAUCACAAAAGCACUUCUUCCGUCAAUGAUGAAGAGAAAUCAUGGCCACAUUGUCACGGUGGCUUCAGUGUGUGGCCAUGGAGUGAUUCCUUAUCUUAUUCCGUAUUGUUCCAGCAAAUUUGCUGCUGUUGGCUUCCACAGAGCUCUGACAUCAGAACUUGAAGCGUUGGGAAAAACUGGUAUCAAAACCUCGUGUCUCUGCCCUGUUUUUGUGAAUACCGGGUUCACCAAAAACCCAAGCACAAGACUAUGGCCUGUAUUGGAGACGGAUGAAGUUGCAAGAAGCUUGAUAGAUGGAAUACUUACCAAUAAGAAAAUGAUUUUUGUUCCAUCCUAUCUCAAUAUCACUCUAACACUAGAGAGAUUUCUUCCUGAACGUGCCUUGGCAGCUAUAAAUCAUGUACAGAAUGUUCAAUUUGAAGCAGUGAUUGGUCACAAAAGCAAAAUGAAGUGAAUAAAUGAGCUCCAGCCAGAGAUGUAUGCACCUUAAUGAUGUGGAUCUAAGUUUAAAGUCAAUGCUUCAAAGCUUGAUUUCACAUUUUUCAAUGCUGUUAAUAUUAAAAACAUUGGGUUGGCAUUAGCAGCAGUUGAAUAAACAAGACUAAUUACCUGUCUUUCCAUUUCUCAAAAAUAUUAAUGUAGUUUUAAUAGUCAGAUCCAUUUUUCAUUCCAUGCCUCUUAAAAACUUCUGUGCUUAAAUCAACAUACUUAAA